UUCAUUUUGUCCGGUCUCCUGGCGCUCACUUCUUUCAAGUUUCCUUCCUUCACCCACUCCACCUCGAGUCUCGCGUCUCCAUUCUCCCGCAGAGAGAGAUAGAGAGCGACAAAGAGAGUAUUAAACAAUUCUGCUGAUGAUUCCUCUGCUGCUUCUUCUCUGUAGAGAUAUAUAGACACUGAUAGAUCUAGACAGAGGAACAGAAGAGGCAGUGACAGUGUUUUGCUUGGCAGGAAAUGACUGUUUUUGGACAUUCAGGUGGAGGCGGCGGUUUCCUGGCCGGAAAGCAGGUUUUUCCGGUGAACUACGAAGCUGAGGUGUCACGACGCCUUCUGGAAGCUUCGCAUUCCAACGAUCUAGCAGCGGCGCUUGAGUGCCUCCAGGAUUCCUUCGUCGACGUCAACUUCGUCGGCGAUGUUUGUCUCAAGGUGCGCAAGGCGGAGGUGGUGCUGCGCGAGGAGUCUCCCAACGAAGUUCGAGUCGGUUACGAGGAGUUUAAGACCGACGUCACCGCAUUGUUCCUGGCCGUGCAUAACGGCAAUGUCGCACUCGUGAGGAAACUGCUGAGUAUUGGAGCAGAUGUGAACCAGAAACUUUUCAGGGGAUAUGCUACUACAGUAGCUGUGAGGGAGAACCACCUUGAGAUUUUGGAGAUGUUAAUCAAGGCUGGGGCUUCUCAACAGGCCUGUGAGGAAGCUUUGCUAGAAGCCAGCUGUUAUGGACAUGCAAGGAUAGCAGAGUUGUUAAUGGGAUCUGACCUCAUUCGGCCUCGCAUUGCUGUACAUGCUCUCUUUACUGCAUGCUGCAGGGGAUUUGCAAAUGUGGUGGAUGCUCUCCUGAAGUGUGGAGUGGAUGUGAAUGCAAUUAGUCGUGUGCUUCUCCAGUCAUGCAAACCUUCUCUGCACACAAAUGUUGACUGUACAGCUCUUGUGGCUGCUAUCGUUAGUAGACAAGUCUCAGUAGUCCUUCUUCUGCUUGAGGCUGGUGCUAAAACUGAUGUUAAAGUUCGGCUUGGAGCAUGGUCAUGGGAUGCAGCUUCAGGUGAAGAAUUCAGAGUAGGUGCUGGGCUAGCUGAUCCCUAUGAUAUUACUUGGUGUGCUGUGGAAUACUUUGAAGAAAGUGGUGCCAUUUUGCGCUCUCUUCUCGAGCACAUGCCUCCUAACGUGUCUCACUGUGGAAGGACUCUGUUACAUCAUGCCAUUCUUUGUGGCAAUGCAGGAGCUGUCAAGGUACUUUUAGAAUGUGGUGCUCAUGUGGAGUCUCCAGUUAAAACCACCCGGAAAACUGAGUUCUGCCCUUUACAUAUGGCUGUACGCCUUGGAUUUUCAACUGUUCUCAAGUGUCUAAUUGACUUUGGCUGUGACUUAGAUUCAAAAACAGAAGCCAGUGAGACAGGUGUUAUGAUCUGUGCUAGAUACAAACAAGAAGAGUGCCUCAAAAUCUUGCUAAGACAUGGUGCUGAUUUAGGCUUAGUAAAUACAGCCGGUCAAUCAGCAAGUUCGAUUGCUGGUUCCAACCGAUGGCAGCUUGGUUUUCAGGAAGCAGUCCUGAGCAUCAUCCGCAAUGGAAAGGUUCCUAAGUCAAGCAAUAUGUCCAUAUUCUCUCCUUUACUGUUUGUUGCUCAAUCUGGAGAUGUUUCGGCACUAAAAGCUCUCAUUGAGCAAGGGAUCAAUCUUGAUAAUCAAGAUGAAAACGGUUUCUCUGCUGUUAUGGUUGCUGCAAGGGAAGGCCAUGUUGAUACCUUCCGGUUGCUUGUAUUCUCUGGAGCCAAUGUCAGACUCUGCAAUAAGUCUGGGGACACAGCACUAACACUCUGUGCCCUGAAUCACAAGCGUGAUCUCUUUGAAAAGGUUUUGCUCGAGUUCGCUAUUGAACAAGGUAACCGUUAUGCUGGAGGAUUUUAUGCUCUACAUUGUGCUGCUCGUCGGGGUGACUUGGAUGCGGUGAAACUGUUAUUAAGUAGGGGUUAUGACGUAAACGUAUCUGACGUGGAUGGUAACACACCACUUAUACUGGCAGCCCGUGAAGGUCACAGCCAGGCAUGUGAACUAUUGAUCUCUCACGGAGCUUGUUGUAACGCCAAGAAUGCAAAGGGUGAAACUGCGCUCUCACUAGCAAGAACAAAACAUAAAAAUGAGGCAGAGCACAUCAUAUUAGACGAACUUGCUCGAAAACUGGUCUUAACUGGCUCCCAUUUACAGAAACACACAAAGGGAGGCAAAGGGGGUCUGCACAUAAAAGAAGUUAGAAUGCUGGAAGGCGGAAUCUUGUGCUGGGGAAAAUCAAGCAGGCGCAAUGUGAUAUGCCAGGCAGCAGAAGUCGGCCCCAGCAUUUGCUUUCGAAAAACUAGGCAACGGAAGGGUGACGCAGAAGAGGCAGGACUAUUUCGUGUCAUCACAACAAAGAGCAAGGAAGUGCACUUUGUGUGUGAGGGUGGAUUUGAGAUGGCGGAGUUGUGGGUGAGGGGACUAAAGCUUGUGACAAGAGAGGCUGUUUCCGGCAGAGGCAAUGUAGGUAUUUAGGCUAUCUUAAAAGCUUUGUGCAGUAGUACUUCACCUCGAAGCACUUUGAAGUUUGAACUUAGAUCAAUGUAAAUGUUUUCCAUAACAACGUCUUCGUACUCACAUUAUUUUUCUGCUACAUAUUGGGGUAGUAUUAGUAUAAGGCCUCCAAAUACCCCUUAGUAGAAUAAAACUUCUACUCCUAAAA